UAAAAUGACAACCGAGAGUUCAGAGAAAAUAUGGAAUUUGUUAAGAGAAGAAGUUGAUCCAUCCUGCUCACUCAUCUUAAAACUUCUGAAUAACCUUGGAUGUGCUAAACCAUUACUCUCAGUUUUGAUAGGUUCCUUUGGCCAAUGCCUGAAGUCUAUUCUAGAAAAUAAUUCAUCAAAUAAUUGUACUAAUUUGAAAGUCUCACGCAAAGACCAUUUGGAGGACCGAAUACCUAAAAUACAGAGAUUUACAGAAGAUUUUUCAAAUAUUCUUAUAAAAGCUCUUGACAUCAAUAAAGAGAUCACAAUUUCUAAGCUAAAAAUGAAGUACAAGAGGAACUUGAAUUAUGAUUCCAAAACUCAGGAUCGUAUAUCCAAAACAGCCCAGCGAAGAAAGAUAUACCUGUCCUCUCCUCUCAGUGUAAAGAGCGAGAAGAGUCGGGUUUAAGAAAAGAAAACUUCAGGAAAGGUCUAAUUCUGCCCAUAAAACUCCUGAAGUCAAGAUAAAGCUUGACUUGGAAAAUGACGAGGUAGAAAUCACAGAACAGAUUUAUAAAACCCACUCUGAAAUCAAUCAGUCUCUCAAGAAGCUAAAGAAAGAGAUUGGACUCCCGGAGACCUCUCCUUGUAAGAAAAGUAAGAAAUUGGCUUAUUCAAGUCUGGUUUUAUACAAAAAGAAAUUUAAAAGAAAACCAAAAAGUUCAAGAUCUCUUUCAAAUAGCUCUGAUAAAUCUUCAAAUGGGAAGUUGAGGAGAGGUAAUCCUAUCAUCUAACCCAUAGGAGUGAGGGUAAAGAAACUAAGCCUCAGUAUUUUGAAGCCUAAAAGUCCACUUAAGCCUAUAUAAGGAGCUGGAUUAAGGUAAACGAUAAUAGAAUCACAUGUUUU